AGCAGGGAGGAGAGAGACACUGGGUACUCACCCACGCAUUCGAAUCACAUAGCGGAGAGCUCACAACCACCACCUCUCCCUAUCUUGGACAAAGCAUAACAGGACAUCCCUUCGCCCAGGAGAAGCGGUGCAAUUUCAUCGAAGAGCUCACGCAUAAAGCAUUUUCUUCUCAAUUACAGAUCCCAGGUCCGUGAGGUGUGUGCGAUCGUUCCCAGCAGAAGGAUGAGCAGCUUUGAUUUGGUUGAGCUGCUGGACACUUGGGAGGACCUGAACCUCACGGGCCUCCUGGAGAACGUGACGCGUGUGGAGAUGGUCGGGUGUCCAACAGCGUUCGACCGCAGCGCCCUGCUCCACUCCAUGUGCAUCCUUUACAUCUUCAUCUUCGUGGUCGGUUUGGCCGCCAACGGCCUCGUCCUCUGGGUCAAUGUCCGCUCCCAGCGCACCACCUCCAGCUCCUCCCCUCGCCACGAGACCCACCUCUACAUCGCCCACCUGGCGGCAGCUGACCUGUGCGUGUGCGUCACGCUGCCCGUGUGGGUGAGUUCCCUGGCGCAGCAUGGCCACUGGCCCUUCGGCGAGGUGGCGUGUAAGCUCACCCACCUGCUCUUCUCUGUUAACCUCUUCAGCUCCAUCUUCUUCCUGGCCUGUAUGAGUGUCGACCGCUACCUGAGCGUGACACGGCCCGCCGACAGUGAGGAUGGGGGACGACGCCGGAAGCUGAUUCGCCGCAGCGUGUGCGUAGGAGUGUGGCUCCUGGCUCUGGUGGCCUCCCUGCCCGAUACCUACUUCCUGCAGGCGGUGAGGUCAUCACACGGGGAGGUAGUGCUGUGCAGGCCGGUGUACCCAGAGGAACACUCCAGGGAGUGGAUGGUGGGAGUUCAGCUGAGCUUCAUCCUGCUUGGUUUCGUCCUACCCUUCCCUGUCAUCGCUCUGGCCUAUGCACUCCUGGCCCAAGCCCUCUCCUCCACCUCCUGUUCCUCCUCGGCGAUGGAGCAGGAGCGUCGUGUGAGCCGCAGGGUGAUCCUGGCCUAUACCGUGGUAUUCCUGGGCUGUUGGGGGCCCUACCACGGAGUGCUCCUGGCCGAUGCCCUCUCCCUGCUGGGCCUGGUUCCUCUGAGCUGUGGGCUGGAGAACGCCCUCUACGUGGCGCUGCACCUCACCCAGUGUCUGUCCCUGCUCCACUGCUGCUUCAACCCCAUCCUCUACAACUUCCUCAACAGGAACUACCGCUAUGACCUGAUGAAGGCUUUUAUCUUUAAGUACUCCACACGUACAGGCCUGACCAGGCUCAUAGAGCAGCCCCACAUCUCUGAGACAGAGUACUCUGCCGUCGCCGUGGAGAACCCACCACAGAUCUGAGACUGAACUCUAGAGCACACCCUGGAACUUAGAACACACCACAUAACUCUAGAACAUAGUCUGUCCACCUGACCCAAAAUUAUUGAAAUUACCUCAAAUGCAGUAACCCAUGAUAACUUAUAUAGGCUAAAUUUGGGCCAUCACAAAGAACAACAUUAAAUAUGUGUCUUAACAACUAGAGAAUAACAAAUAACCUUUCCCAAAGCCUAAGCUGUACACAAACUUCAAGUUUGUGUGCCCUCAUCUGAAGCAAACCAGACAUUAUUUAUAAUCCAACAUUCCCCUCACAGAAACUACCUGUGUAUUUGUCCUGCUACCAUGCGUUCCUAAUAAGGAUGGUGUGAGGGACUGCAGUUGCAGGCCAUUAUCAACUCAAACUAAUGAUGUCUGGAGAAAAGCACUUAUAUUGAGUGGAAGAAAGAGUAGAUUCUCUGUCUGACAAACAGACUGUUUUAAAGUGCUUCUGAAGUAGUGCCAUUGUAGUCAUGGCGACACAGACAAACUCUCUCUCUCAAUCUCUCUCUCCACUUCAAGACAGACCAAUCCCAGUUUGUCUGUCUGAAGAGUCCUAUAUAACUGCUAGAGGUGUGUGUAUGUGCGUGAGUGCGUGUGUGUGUGUGUAAUUGUGUGACACCUCAAAUCCACUUUGUAAAUAGUUAGAAGGGCAUUGAAAUACAUAUAUUAUAAUUGUUAGAUUGUUAUUAUUCAACUUUCUAUAUACUGUAUUUUUGUACAUAUUAUAAAAUACUUUCAAAUUUGGCAUUGUUUAUGUACAGAUGUAGGAUCUUAAUCACCACAUAUUAAUUUACAUAGAGCUACUGAAAACCACUAACACAUGGUUAUAUGCCUCGAUUCUUAUGUAACAACAUUUAAAAAAUACUUUUUUUUACAUUGGAUAAAAUGGUAUAUCAGACACUGCAGUUGAGGAACAAUGGGGAAGUAAUUCUGCUUUGAAAGUUGAUGAACUUGUAACCCCACUUUUGAGAAAAUGGCCCUUGAAUGUUUUGGUAAACCAACUACAGAGCUCUUCUUUGUCUACACCUAUUCAGCAUCAUUCACACCCUCUUAAGCCUUAGCCCCACCCAUCUUUAAAGAUUCACAUGUGAGGCCAUGUGCUAAACAGGGUGAGUAAGGUAGUUAAGUAAACAACAAAAGACAUCAAGACUAAAAGUGGUUUAAGUAGAAGCCAAAAAGAAGGAAAAACUCCAGGUAAAUACACACUUGAUCUAGUCCUUGGUCUAUAUCCUAACCUAACUUUGAAAGUGUCCAGAUAAUGAUAUUUUAUAAUUAUAAGAGAUUGCCCAGACAUUUGUCUAGAUUGAAGGGUCAUGUGAAAUAAAUGCUAUAACCACCCCCCAGACAUGCCUAACUAAGUGGAUGGGUCACUACUGUUUGUUCAUGAAAUACAAUAGUUGUCUGAAAUCAACCCCACACACACCUGGCUAACUUGAUCGGUCAUGAUAUAAUUCUCUUGCGAAGUGAGAAUGCUAGCUAAUUAGCUAAACAAUACACCAUAAUCCCACCCAUAGCUAUAGUACAAACGGAUUGUCAUAGCAAGCCACCAUAGAUGAAAUGAAUGGAUGAACGCUUCACGGCAGUGUGUCUUUUCCGUUUGGUUUGUAGUUAACUACAGCUUAUUUUGCCCGUUAUUGUGUCACUCCAGUUCACACUGACCGUGUGCAGAAAGUAGUCCAUCACAAUUUUUUUCCACAGAUCUUAGUCGAUAGCCCCUAAUAAAUUUGGGGCAGCAAUGUUGUUGAGAGCAGUAGCAACACUUUUAUGCUAUAGACAGAAGCAUGCUACAUGCUACUAAUUUCUCUGCAUGUCUAGCCCAUCCAUUAUCUCAGCCAAUCAUCGCUAGCGGGAAGGUUCCUGCCUUCUUCCGUGGCUAAAACAACUAGGCUCUUAAUUUAACCAUUUUAUUUGUAUUUACAGAUGGCAUACACAUUUGUUAUUAAGGCACAUGAAAGUUCACACAAAAAACGCAUUUUGCGAAAAAUACAAAUUCAAAUGCCUAUUAUGUGAAGUAGUGAUGCAUGACAUACGCCUAGCUUCUUGAAAUGGGUCAUAUACUGUAUGAACAGUAUUGCACUCUACAUGUCCAGCUAAUAGCCUAACCACCGACCAAGCACUAUGGACUAAACAUUCAAAUCCUGUUGUUGCGGGAUAAUGUUGCGAUGACAAACGGGUCAAUUUAAGAUCCUACAUCUGUAGUUUUGUUAAUCGUAAUUCAUAUGUUGUGGAUUCAGAAGUUCACAUCAGUAAUUUCUAUGUGUUCAUGAAGCUGCCUCUUUGUAAAUGAAAGUCACUGACUCUGUGACACGAGUCCUGCUAUUAUAGUGAAAACAGUGUGACUCACACAAAGUUCCAUACCAAAUGAUGAUGGAUAAAAACAUUGAGUUAUACAAUGCUAUAUCUGUCUGUCUGUGGUAACAAACAUGUUUUGUUUGAUCCAUUGCCAUGGAGUUAUAGUGUCAUCUGAUUGGAUACAUAUGUAUCCUGUUACAUUGUGAGAAUUCCAAUCCUAGCAGUCAUUAUUGAAAGAGAAAGCAAAGGACCAUUGAUGUUUUGUGUUUACUGUAUGUUAUGGAUUUUGUUACUUACCAAAAAUGAAUCUUGUGUCUGAA